AGUAAGUAUUGGGCCAGCGUUAUGCUUUCUCAGUCUGCAACGAGUACAUCGUCGCAGUAGGACCGAUCGACUCUAACCGGCCAGCGUGUACCGUCGACGAUCGUGCAUUCAUUUUCGUCGUGCCGUUCGUUCGACCUUUCUUUGGACUCACGGUCCACCCCCGGUGCCGAUAAAACGCGGGACCCAACGGAAUUUUCUUACCAGUUUUCAAAAAAAUUAGAUAAUAAAUCAUGGCAACAAUGGAAGAGAUCCCUGACAGAGUAGCGGAUACGUUCAAAGAUCAGAAUAUCCUAAUCACCGGUGGCACUGGUUUCCUAGGAAAAGUUAUCAUCGAGAAGUUCCUCAGAUGUCUGCCGAACACUGGACAAAUUUACAUGUUGGUCAGGCCGAAAAAGGGCAAGGAUCCAAAAUAUCGCUUAGAAGAAAUCUUUAACUCGCCGCUGUUUGAAAAAGUUAAAAAUCAGAGAGGAGUAGAGGCACUUAAAAAGUCCGUAACUAUUGUAAACGGAGACGUGAUGUUACCCGGACUUGGAAUUUCUCCGCAAGAUAGGAAGAUGCUUUGUGAAAAAGUGAAUAUCGUGUAUCACGCAGCUGCCACAGUACGAUUCGACGAGUUAUUGAAGAAAGCAGUACUGCUGAACACGCGGGGUACAAAGCAAAUGUUGGAACUAGCCAAAGAGAUGAAGCAUUUGAAAUUAUUCGCUCACAUCAGCACAGCGUAUUGCCAUCUCGAAGAAAAAAUCCUGAGAGAAAAACCGUAUCCACCACCAGCUGACCCUCAUAAAAUAAUUAAAUGCGUAGAAUGGAUGGACGACAAUGUCGUCGAAGCUAUGACAGACAAAAUCCUCGGAGGCUUUCCGAAUACAUACGCUUUUACCAAAGCUUUGUCGGAAGGUCUCGUUCAAGAAGUAAUGUCAGAACUUCCAGCAAUUAUACUGAGACCGAGCAUAAUAAUACCUAUAUGGAAAGAACCAAUACCGGGAUGGACUGACAAUCUCAAUGGACCGACGGGACUCUUAAUUGGAGCUGGCAAAGGUGUAAUUCGAACAAUGUAUUGCAAUGAAUCUAGCUAUGCCGACUAUGCCCCUGUCGAUAUUGUGGUGAACGUAAUUCUUACCAGCUCCUGGAACUUUAUUUAUUGUAAGGACCACGAGAAAAGGUUUUACAACGUUACAAGUAGCUCCGAGUUCAAGGUAUCAUGGGCAGAAAUUAUAGCUAGAGGUCGAAGAAUAACGGAAAAGGUGCCACUUAAUGGGGUCGUUUGGUACCCAGGUGGAAGCAUGAAGAAAUCAAGGCUGAUGCAUAAUAUAUGCGUUCUAUUGUUCCAUAUGAUACCGGCUUACCUCAUAGACGCUCUUAUAUUCCUUGCAGGCUACAAACCAAUUAUGUGCAGAGUGCAACGUAGGAUACUAAAAGGUUUCGAAGUGUUUGAGUAUUAUGCGAACAAUCAAUGGGAUUUUGAUAACGCGAAUAUGUAUGAUAUACGAGCAAAACUGAAUCCAGUGGAAUAUAAAAUUUACCAAGUACAUGGAGAUGAUAUGGACAUAGACGCGUAUUUCGAAUCAUGUAUACGAUCAGCAAGGAUUUACGUUCUAAACGAACCGCCAGAAACUCUGCCAGCUGCUCGAAGACACUUAAGAAUAAUGUACUGGGUAGAUGUCAUUACGAAAAUACUUUUCGUCGGAUUACUAAUAUACAUCCUAGCAUCCUGGAGCGAUAGUUUCAGAGCGCUAUUGAUAGGAGGUUGGACGCUUGCUGCAAAAACUUUAGCACGUUAACUACCUAUUGCUUAAUUCCUAAUAUGUUCAGUACCUUGUAGUAAUUAUAAUCAUUGUAGUACGACCAAAUGGACUACGAACUUCUAACUUGUCAAUUAUUGACAAGUUAUCGGUAAGACACGUUGUAUUAUAAAAUUAUGUUUUCAAUAAUAAAACUGAUAAAAUCGAA